AUGUCAUUUAUCACGGAACAGAGUGCCAUUCUCCGCUUAGCCGUGCUACCGCACGGUCUUUCUGACAUGAUAAAAGCAUCAAAGGCGCAUUUAAAUCAAUAUCUUUUUAAUCUGCUACCAACGACUCAGUCCCUCUUAUUGGGUUAUAAGGACAUCGAACUUAUAGGAGAAACAGCAGCACUAACGUACCAUUCGUCUCAUGUUCACUUUACAGCGCGGUGCACGCUCUUGCUCUUCAGGCCGGAACCAGAGAGCCUUAUACAUGCAACGAUAAAGCAUACGUGGCCUCGCUUUAUCUACCUUCUCUUUCGCGGCUCACUACCCGUUUAUGUUUCCGAUCCAGGUGUGAGGUACAUCUAUAAACAGGGUGUCUAUUGUGAUAAGGACACCGGAGAGCAGCUUACAACGGACAUGGUGCUUCAGGUGCGCGUGAAAUCUUUCGGGGUGCGGAAGGGAUCAUACGCGAUCACUUGUUCAAUGGAUGACCCGGAGUAUCGCAUUGUAAGCAAGCCAGAGCCUGUUGCCACAGAAGCAGAGACCAGUAUCUACGAUGGAGUGGACAGCGUGUCUACAGUCUGUCAAGACCCAGGUGGGCCAUACUACGAUGCAGACGAGUAUGAGGCGAUAGGUGAUGAAAAGAAGGAAAUCGACGCAGACUUCUAUCAGGACCCUAUCAGUGACCAGGUUUAG